AUGGAGACCCCAAAACUUGACGAAGAUAGCGCAGCUGUUCCAGGUGAAGGUUAUAUUUUUGUCCUGGAAAAAGCUACGCUUGAGGCGGCGAAGAUUGGGAAGGCUUAUCAGAUCCUUAAUUGCGACGACCACGCCAACUUCCUUCGCCGGCAUGGAAAGGAUCCCGCCAAUUUUCGUCCGGACAUCGUGCACCAGGAGCUGCUCGCUAUUCUUGAUAGUCCUUUGAACAAGGCAGGUCGCGUGAAUGCCGUUUACGUACACACCCAGAAAAACGUUCUGAUCAAGAUAAGUUCACAAACCCGAAUACCACGCACAUUCAAGCGCUUCUGUGGCUUGAUGGUUCAGCUGCUUCAAAAACUUUCGAUCCGUGCAGCAAAUGGACCUGAGAAGCUCUUCAAGGUUGUGAAGGGGCCGGUGACGAAGUAUUUUCCUGCUGGUGCCCGUCGUGUCGGGUUUUCUUUCAGCGCAGCUGAUGUGAAGGAUUUCAAGUCAUAUAUAAACGAGCUUCCCAGUGACGCUUGCGUGAUCUUUACACUUGGUGCAAUGAGCCACGGGAUGAUCGACUCAACAUAUACAGAUGACCUGAUAUCCGUGAGCCAUUAUCCUCUGAGUGGUGCGUGUUGCAUCGCGCGUAUCACAAAUUGUCUGGAGAACAAGUUCGGCAUUUUGUGA